AUGCGUCUGCUUCUACUGCUCCAGGUCGUGCUAUGCGUGUCUACCGCUCUGGUGACGGCCGCGCCGAUCGGACGCAUCGACGAAUUGAUGCGACGCAUUGACCUCAGUGCAAUUACAACUGGACCUCAGGUAGGCAAGAAUCCGAAUAAUAUCGCCGCCGCAAAACAAUGUGUCAAGGAUUACUGCGAUACGCACGUGCCGGGCGCUGUGUCUGCCGAGGUGGGUUAAAGUCUCUUUCUCGCCUCCGAUAUGAACCUACAUCAGACUUAAGAGAUACCCUCUACCCGCACAGGUGACCAUGGGGCCCCAUCCUAGCCCUUCGGAUUCUACCAGACACAUUUCGACCAAUCUGAAGGACAAGAAUGGCGAAUUUAUAAAUGGCUUUAUGCCUGGCACUACGACGCAGGCACAGGCCGACGCAGAUGGAGUCAAGAAGGAGGCGCAAAAACAAGCAAAUAACCCUAAUCGCAAGCCAAACCCCAACCCUCCCGCGAACCCCCCGUCUCAUCACGUCGACCCCACCAACAAUGCACCUACCCCUAAGCAGCGGACCCAAAUGACGAAGAACGGUGGAAAGUUCCCGAUCCCCGCGCCGCCUUGA